AUGCCUUUGAACAAUAUCAUCGAAGUUGAAAUCAUUGAUGUUUGGGGGGUUGAUUUCAUGGGACCAUUCCUCUCGUCUCUUGGAAAUCAAUACAUCCUUACAGCGGUGGUGAUUAGUGAUAGAGGCUCUCAUUUCAUAGCUAAACAGUUUGAAGGCCAGCUAAAAAGGUAUACAAUGAUGCAUAGAAUUGCCACAACAUAUCACUCUCAAACUAGCGAACAAGUAGAAUUUUCCAAUAGAGAGAUCAAAAGCGUUCUCGAGAAAACUAUCUUUGUGUCAAGGAAGGAUUGGUAUAUGAAGCUAGAUGAUGCGCUUUGUACCUACCAUACAACAUACAAGACUCCCAUUGGUAUGACUCCUUACAUAUUGACCUAUGGAAAAUCUUGUCACCUGCCAGUUGAGCUCAAACAUAAAGUAUAUUGGGCAAUAAAGAUCAUUAACUUCGAUUUGAAGGCUGCUGGUGAAAAAAGGAAACUCCAACUCAGUGAGUUUAAUAAGUUAAGGUUGGACACUUAUGAGAAUGCUAAAGUCUACAAGGAAAUAAUCAAGAAGUGGCAUGAUAAGCACAUAAGCAAAAUGGAAUUCAAAUAA